AUGGACCCCCAAAUCACCCAAAACACAUUCUGCACCUAUACAGGAUCCCCCUCUUCAGCAGAAACAACAAUAUUUUUCAUAUCAGGUAAUCCAGGCCUAAUAGGCUACUACCAUCCCUUCCUCUCAUUCCUAGCGCAGAACCUAGUGGAAUCCUCGGACCACAGUAAACCCAUUUACCAAAUCUACGGGUGCAGCCUUGGAGGCUUCGAGGUUGAUGAGAACCCAUCUUCCAAUGAUCUCAAUUCCCAGGGAAACAAGACUGGAAGAGAGGAAUCUAAGCUUUAUGAUCUGGAAGACCAGAUCCGCUUCGUUCAUCAGCGACUUGAGACCGUCAUGAGCGAGUCUGGUCCAAACGCGGCGCCAAAUCGAAAAGCCGUGCUAAUCGGGCAUUCUGUGGGCGCUUACAUAGCCAUGGAAGUCAUAAGACGACACCGUGCAAUGGAUGUAUCUUUCGAUAUCGUGGGAGGCGUAAUGCUGUUCCCGACUGUGAUGGACAUUGCUGCUUCGCCGUCUGGUCAGAAAUUGACGGGUCUUUUGUCGAUUAUCCCGAGACUGGCUUUGGUUGUUGGGUUCUUUGCGAGGUUGCUUACCUUUAUUCUGCCGGUGGUUGCUUUGAGGUCGGUUGUGGGGGUUGUGAUGAAGGAUCCUCCGGGGCAUGCGUUGGACACGACGUGUACCUUUUUGAGGAGCCGUGGGAGUGUUAGGCAGGCUUUGUAUGUCUCCUCUUCCUCUUCUUCUUCUUUGCUUCUGUUUGAUCUAAUUGUUCAACACAGGCAUAUGGCUGCUGAUGAGAUGCGGACCAUCACGUCUGACAAAUGGACUGAUGAUGUAUGGGGUGUGGCUCAUGCGCGUGAGCCUAUCACGAAGAUGUUCUUCUAUUUUGGUGUGAAUGAUCAUUGGGUUGCGGAGAAGACGAGAGACGAUAUUAUUGCGGCUCGCGGGGAGAAAGAGGGCUCUGGGACGAAGAUGUUUGUUUGCGAAGAGGGUUUGCCUCAUGCCUUCUGUAUAAAACAUAGUGAGACCAUGGCUCGCAAGGUUGCAGACAUGAUACAGGAUAUUACAAGUGCAUAG